AUGUGCAGUGCUGGAGCAAUUUCAGCUUUACUUUUCACGUUGAUCCAUUCCCUUUAUAGCACAGCUAGCCCCAGCAUGCUGAAAAGAAAGCAGAGUUCGCGUGUUGAGGCUCAGCCCAUGACGGAUUUUGGACCCGACGAAACUCUGGCUGACAGCGCUGACAUUCUGUGGAUCAACAAACCAUGGGUUCACUCUCUCCUGCGGGCAUGCGCCAUAAUCAGUGUCAUCUCAGUGUGCAUGAAUACACCCAAGACUUUCGAACACUACCCUCCCCUGCAGUAUGUCACUUUCACUCUGGACACAAUGCUCAUGUUCCUCUACACAGCCGAGAUGAUCGCCAAAAUGCACAUAAGGGGAAUCAUUAAGGGUGAUAACCCCUAUGUGAAGGACCGAUGGUGCAUGUUUGAUGGCUUCAUGGUGGUCUUCCUUUGGGUUUCCCUUGUGCUGCAGGUGUUUGAAAUCGCUGAGAUUGUGGAUCAGAUGUCGCCGUGGGGGAUGCUGCGCAUACCCAGAGCCCUCAUCAUGAUCAGAGCUUUCCGCAUCUACUUCAGAUUUGAGCUACCACGCACACGGAUAACAAACAUUCUCAAACGAUCUGGAGAGCAAAUCUGGAGUGUGUCCAUAUUUUUACUUUUCUUCCUUCUUCUCUAUGGAAUCCUGGGAGUUCAGAUGUUUGGCACGUUCAAUCAUCACUGUGUGACCAAUGACACCCAGAAAGGCAAUGUAUCAUGGAAUAACCUGGCAAUACCUGAUACACACUGUUCUCCAGAUGGGGAGGGUUACCAGUGCCCCAUGGGCUUUAAAUGUAUGGACCUUGAGGACCUGGGGCUUAGCAGACAGGAACUCGGCUACAGUGGCUUCAAUGAACUCGGAACCAGUAUCUUCACUGUGUAUGAGGCAGCUUCUCAGGAAGGCUGGGUCUUCAUCAUGUACCGUGCCAUUGACAGCUUCCCGCGCUGGCGCUCCUACUUCUACUUCAUCACCCUGAUCUUCUUCCUUGCCUGGCUGGUCAAGAACGUGUUCAUUGCUGUGAUUAUUGAGACGUUUGCGGAGAUUCGGGUACAGUUCCAGCAGAUGUGGGGCUCCAGAAGCAGCACGACCUCUACAGCAACCACACAGAUGUUCCACGAAGAUGCUUCUGGAGGAUGGCAGCUUGUGGCUGUAGACGUGAACAAACCGCAUGGCCGUGCGCCUGCCUGCCUGCAGCAACUGAUGCGCUCUUCAGUGUUCCACAUGUUCAUCUUGAGUAUGGUGGCAGUGGAUGUGAUUGUUGCUGCCAGUAACUACUACAAGGGCGAGAAUCACAAGAGGCACUAUGACGAAUUCUACCUGGCAGAGGUGGCUUUCACGGUGCUGUUUGACCUGGAGGCGCUCCUGAAAAUCUGGUGUCUGGGCUUUACUGGCUACAUUAGCUCUUCUCUACACAAAUUUGAGUCUCUACUGGUGGUGGGGACCACACUUCACAUCUACCCUGACCUCUACCACUCCCAGUUCACCUACUUUCAGGUGUUAAGAGUGGUUCGCCUGAUUAAGAUCUCCCCGGCUUUGGAGGACUUUGUUUACAAGAUCUUUGGUCCUGGGAAGAAACUGGGCAGUCUGGUGGUGUUUACAGCAAGUCUCCUCAUUGUCAUGUCUGCCAUCAGUCUGCAGAUGUUCUGCUUUGUGGAGGAUCUAGAUCGAUUCACAACUUUUCCACGGGCAUUCAUGUCCAUGUUCCAGAUCCUGACCCAGGAGGGCUGGGUGGAUGUUAUGGACCAGACCCUGGUGGCAGUGGGACACAUGUGGGCUCCAGUGGUGGCCAUCUACUUCAUUCUCUACCAUCUGUUUGCCACACUGAUUUUGCUCAGCCUUUUUGUCGCUGUUAUUCUGGACAAUCUGGAAUUAGAUGAGGACCUGAAAAAGCUGAAACAGCUGAAACAGAGUGAAGCUAAUGCUGAUACCAAGGAGAAGCUUCCGCUGCGCCUACGUAUUUUUGAGAAGUUUCCCAACAGGCCUCAGAUGGUGAAAAUCUCCAAGCUCCCCUCAGACUUCACCGUUCCCAGGAUCAGGGAGAGUUUCAUGAAACAGUUCAUUGAUCGACAGCAGCAGGACACGAGCUGUCUGUUCCGUAGGCUGCCGUCUGCAUCCUCCUCCUCCUGUGACCACUCCAAGAGGUCGGCCAUUGAAGAUAAUAAAUACAUCGAUCAGAAGCUUCGGAGGUCAGUAUUCAGUAUCCGUGCUCGAAACCUUAUGGAAAAGGAGACAACAGUCAAUAAAAUCCUGAGAGCCUGCACUAGACAGCGCAUGCUGAGUGGCUCUUUUGAGGGCCAGCCAACCAAAGAACGUUCUAUCCUUAGUGUGCAGCAUCACAUUCGACAAGAACGGAGGUCUCUGAGGCACGGCUCCACCAGUCAGAGGAUAAGCAGAGGCAAGUCCAUGGAGACGCUGACCCAGGAACACUCAAGCACCGUACGUUACCGCAACGCCCAGAGAGAGGACAGCGAAAUCAAAAUGAUCCAGGAGAAGAAGGAGCAAGCUGAGAUGAAACGGAAAGUCCAAGAGGAAGAGCUUAGGGAGAACCAUCCAUAUUUUGACAAGCCUCUCUUCAUCGUGGGGAGAGAACAUCGUUUCCGCAACUUCUGCAGGAUGGUAGUGAGGGCCCGUUUCAAUGCGUCAAAAACAGACCCAAUAACAGGAGCAGUAAAGAACACAAAGUACCAUCAGCUUUACGAUUUGCUUGGCUUAGUCACAUACCUGGACUGGGUGAUGAUCGUGGUCACCAUCUGUUCCUGCAUCUCGAUGAUGUUUGAAUCUCCUUUCACCAGAGUCAUGCAUGUACCCACCCUACAGAUUGGAGAGUAUGUGUUUGUCAUCUUCAUGAGUAUUGAACUGAACCUGAAGAUCAUGGCUGACGGUCUCUUCUUCACACCCACAGCAGUCAUCAGGGACUUUGGUGGUGUCAUGGACAUCUUUAUCUAUUUAGUAAGUCUGAUCUUCCUGUGCUGGCUACCCACCGACGUUCCUCCUGAGUCAGGCGCCCAACUCCUGAUGAUGCUGCGCUGCCUCCGUCCACUACGUAUCUUCAAACUGGUGCCCCAGAUGAGGAAGGUGGUGCGGGAAGUCCUCAAAGGUUUCAAAGAGAUCUUCCUGGUCUCUAUUCUACUCCUGACUCUAAUGCUGGUGUUCGCAAGUUUUGGAGUCCAGCUCUUUGCUGGAAAACUUGCCAAGUGUAAUGAUCCGACCAUCUCAAGACGGGAAGACUGCCAUGGUAUGUUCAGAAUCAAUGUCAGCAUCUCUAAAAACCUGAAUUUAAAACUGAAACCAGAAGAGAAGAAGCCAGGAUUUUGGGUACCAAGGGUGUGGGCAAACCCUCGUAACUUCAAUUUUGACAAUGUUGGAAAUGCUAUGCUAGCGCUGUUUGAGGUGCUGUCCCUGAAAGGCUGGGUGGAAGUUCGAGACGUCAUCAUACACAGAGUGGGACCAAUCCAUGGUAUCUACAUCCAUGUCUUUGUGUUUCUGGGCUGUAUGAUCGGGCUAACUCUGUUUGUGGGAGUUGUCAUAGCAAAUUUUAACGAGAACAAGGGGACUGCUUUACUGACAGUGGACCAGAGGAGAUGGGAGGAUCUAAAGAGCAGACUGAAGAUAGCUCAACCUCUCCACCUCCCCCCACGCCCAGAAAACGGAGGCUUCCGUGCUAAGAUGUAUGAUAUUACUCAGCAUCCUUUCUUUAAGCGAGGCAUAGCUGUGCUUGUCCUUGCCCAGUCUGUGCUCCUCUCAGUCAAGUGGGAUGUGGAUGACCCUGUAACGGUCCGCUUGGCAACCAUGUCUGUGGUCUUUACCUUCAUCUUUGUCCUCGAGGUGACUAUGAAGUUGAUAGCAAUGUCCCCUGCUGGGUACUGGCAGAGCAGAAGGAACAGAUAUGAUCUGUUGGUUACCUCAUUGGGCGUUAUAUGGAUAAUACUUCAUUUUGCCUUACUGAAUGCAUAUACCUACAUGAUGGGGACUUGUGUUAUAGUGUUCAGGUUCUUUACUAUAUGUGGAAAACACGUGACACUGAAGAUGCUCCUACUGACAGUGGUGGUAAGCAUGUACAAGAGCUUCUUCAUCAUUGUUGGGAUGUUCCUUCUGCUUCUCUGCUAUGCCUUUGCGGGCGUGGUCCUCUUUGGCACCGUCAAAUACGGCGAGAAUAUUAACAGGCACGCAAACUUUUCUACAGCUGGGAAAGCCAUCACUGUGCUGUUUCGUAUUGUUACAGGUGAAGACUGGAAUAAGAUCAUGCACGACUGCAUGGUGCAACCUCCAUUCUGCACCCCAGACAAGCAUCGCUACUGGGAGACAGACUGCGGCAACUACGCCGGCGCUCUCAUCUACUUCUGCUCCUUCUACGUCAUCAUCGCUUACAUCAUGCUCAACUUGCUCGUGGCUAUUAUUGUGGAGAACUUCUCUUUGUUCUACUCUACCGAAGAGGACCAGUUGCUAAGCUACAACGACCUGCGUCAUUUUCAGAUCAUUUGGAACAUGGUAGAUGACAAGCGGGAGGGAGUCAUCCCCACCUCAAGGGUGAAGUUCUUGUUGCGUCUGCUGAGAGGUAGGCUUGAGGUGGACCUAGACAAAGACAAGCUUCUCUUCAAGCAUAUGUGCUAUGAGAUGGAACGACUGCACAACGGAGGAGAUGUCACCUUCCAUGAUGUUCUGAGCAUGCUUUCAUAUCGCUCAGUCGAUAUCAGAAAGAGCCUGCAGCUGGAGGAGCUUCUAGCGCGAGAACAGCUGGAAUACACCAUUGAGGAGGAGGUAGCUAAGCAGACGAUCCGCAUGUGGCUGAAAAAGUGCCUCAAACGCAUCAGAGCUAAACAGCAGCAGUCGUGUAGCAUCAUCCUGAGCCUACGGGAAAGCCAGCAACAGGACCUUAGACGUCUCCUCAACCCCCCCAGCAUUGAGACCACUGUCCCCAGUGAGGAAGUCAGUGCCAACAACAAAGAUCACCCCACCCAACCAGAGAACAGCGGUUUGCAGACACUGUUGAGCCCAACGCUGUCUGAUCGCAGCGGCUACAGGCAGGACUCGGCCGACCGGCCCCAGAGAAAACUUGGACAGUGGCGUCUGCCCGCAGGCCGAACCAGCGUGAAGUCCAUGGUGUGUAAGAUGAACCCAGUGAAUGACGAAGCCUCUUCUGGAUCAGAGGUCAAGAAGUGGUGGACACGUCAACUGACAGUGGAGAGUGAUGAGAGUGGGGAUGAUCUCAUAGACAUAUGA